CCGACCGACAACCGACGUCCAUUCAUAGAGUGCCUUAUAUUUUUUGUGGGGUCGUCGAGAUCUCUCCGAUCCGUUCCGUUCCGUAACGUACCGCACCGAUACCCUACCGAUCCGAUCCGUUACGAUCCGAACCGAUCGGAUCCGCAGAAUCAGUGAAAAGAGUCCGGGGCCCGAUCGGUAUUCGUUGUAUUUCGCGAGUGAGUUUUUCGCGAGCGCGGAGGAGGUGGAAAAUCCCACGGUUGUUAUUACGAGUCUACGUUCUCGAAAUGAUCGGCUAGCGAUCCCUCAGAUCCAUACGAACGGUCAGCGCGAGUGUUCCGAUCGCGAGAAGAAUUCUCCUCCUCGAUGUUGUGCGUCUUGUGAUGUUGGGAACAUGGGAAAAACGGGCGCAAAGGAUGCGCCACAACUUCUGCAAAGAACAAAAUUAACAAAAAUACGAGCAUAAGAGGCGCAAAAAGGAAGAUCCAGCCAAAAGGCGAAUAUAGCGUAUAUAGCGAAUAUAAAAAGCAAAAUAAAAAGCGCGGACAAAAGCAGAGUCGCGCGACUUGGGUCUUCGGCCUGCGAUUCUGAUUAAAGCGCGCGUUUAAUUUCAUUUUUUACGCUACUCCCCGGUCAUCCUGCACCCCGCCAUAUCCCAUAUAUAUUGUAUCCCAACUGACCGGGCCGAAAAAAAAACAAUUCCCCAGUUGGACUCCACCCUUGGCCAGGCUUUUGAUUCGCUGUUCAACUUUUGGGCCUGGAACUUUUUGUUUGUUUCGUUCGCUGGAUCGCAAAACCUGGCCGACGACGACGACGACUCCUUGGCAAUAUUCCUUUUGACCGCUGCUCAGUACGCCGGCAGCUUUCUCCGUGUGCGUACGCAGCCUCUGCCGCAGAAAUCAGCAAAAAACCAAAACCAAAAACAAAAACAAAAUAAAAAACGAAAAGUGAAAGAUCAGGAAAGAUCAGCCAGAUCACCUCGGAUCAGAUCGGUGAUCAUGUCGCCCGGGAUUCCGCAACCAACCGCCAACUUCCCCCUGACGAAAUGAAUAAAAAAAAUCCACAAAAUCCACUCAGCUUGAGACGCUUGAUUAAUUCGCACACGUCAACGAUAUUCAAAUAAGCAUCUCGUGUACUCAUCGUGGCCGCAAUAAAAACGGCUUUAACUUUAACUACCUGCCAAAAACUCAACAAAAACAUUAUAUAUAUUUAGCACGCACUCACUGAGAAAAACAAAACAGCUCAACGGGCCAGAAUUCGGUUUGUUGCCGCUGCACUUGGCGGCUUCAAUCGAUAUGCGUUUGCUCAUGGUAGUUGCAAUUCUAAUAUUCGCAAUGCCAAUGACUGGAUUCGGCUGGGCCGAGGGCACCAACAUCCUUCUCGAUCCAAAUCUAAUGUGCAAAAAGACACGUCGUCUGCGUGGCAAGUUGGCCGAAAUCUGCCGGCACGACUCGGCCCUGCUCAAAGAGAUCAUAGUCAGUGGCAUCAACCUGGGCUUCCGCGAAUGCGAGUUUCAAUUCCGCAACCGGCGGUGGAACUGCACUGUUCUGCGCAAGAGCAUGAGGAAAAUCUUAAUGCGCGAUUCUCGGGAGACGGGAUUCGUGAACGCAAUCACAGCCGCCGGAGUGACAUACGCGGUGACGAAGGCCUGCACGAUGGGCACGUUGGUGGAGUGCUCCUGCGACAAGGCUCACAUGCGCAGGAACGGCGGCCAGCCCCAAAUGGUGACGGCAGCCACCGCGGAGGCAACAUUAGAACGGCAACAACAGGCUGCGAUGUUGCGGCAACAGUUGCCCCUGCAGGAUGCACUUCUUAGUCAGCAGCAGCGAAUGAAUCGCAUCAACAACGGCAGCACCAUGACGGACUUAUCUCCGCCGGAGAACCGAAACGGACGGAAUCGGAAGCACGGAGGCAGGAGGGGGCGUCGCAAGUUCUGGGACAACAUCAAGUUCCCCGAGGGUCAGUGGGAGUGGGGCGGCUGCAGCGACAACGUGAACUUUGGCCUUCGCAACUCGCGCGUUUUCCUCGACGCCAAGCAAAGGCAGAGGCGCAGCGAUCUCGGCACGCUGGUCAAGCUGCACAACAAUAAUGCGGGCAGAUUGGCCAUUCGCGAUGCCAUGCGGCUGGAGUGCAAGUGCCACGGGCUUUCCGGAUCCUGUACGGUGAAGACCUGCUGGCUGAAGAUGCCCCCGUUCCGGGAAGUGGCAGGACGACUGCGUGACCGGUACGACAGCGCCAGGAAGGUGACGUUGCGCAACGAUGGUGAUAGCUUCAUGCCGGAAAGUCCGCACUCGAGGCCGGCGAACAAAUACCAACUGGUAUUCGCCGACGAGUCGCCCGACUUUUGCUUACCCAACUCGAAAACAGGAGCGCUGGGAACUCAGGGCAGGGAGUGCAAUGUGACCAGUCCGGGAUCCGAUCGAUGCGAUCGAUUGUGCUGCAACCGCGGUCACACUCGAAGGAUUGUUGAGGAGCAGACCAACUGCAAAUGCGUUUUCAAAUGGUGCUGCGAGGUGACCUGUGAAAAGUGCCUGGAGCAUCGAGCAGUCAACACCUGUCUUUGAAUGGCCACCAUUAUUAUUAUUUGUAUUAUUCUCUUCGGCUUAGUCAGGAAUAGAAUUUUUGAAAGCUUUCCAUUUCGCGUGAUAGAAAACACACACUUACACAGAAAACGUUUUAAGUAUUAACUAACAAGUAAACACAAGUAUCUCUAAUCUUUUAGCUAGUUGUAAAUACGAAAUAAAAACCACAUAAACAUGCCUACGUUAUAUCAUUCAUAUGCAACUCAUGUAAGCCUUGUAAAUAUUUGUAAUAAAAGUCAAAGAAAAAAUUAA